AAGCAUUGUCUACCAGUGCUUCCAACCAGACGGUCAAAUUAGCGAAAAAUGUGUAAAAUCGGUCUUCGGCUCGAAUCCUCACCAGUCGUUUGCAAUUGAGGAAAUGGCAUCGGGUCAUCGCCUAUUUUAAUUGCUAUCAUGCUAAUCUAAUUAGGUAAAUAUAUAACUGUAAUGCGAAAGACCCGGUUUUUUCGAAUCAGACAAACCGAGAAUAUAAAUUUGAAAAGUGCGGCGAUGAGUGUGAUUGGAAUCGCUAACAAAUUGCCGGUCCCAACUACUUUUGUCAGUUGCGGGCUAUUCCGAUUUCGGUUGAUUAAUUAUUAACUUUCUACGAGAUCAGUCUUUAUAAUAAGUACUUAGUGUGUAAUAAUGGUGUCUGAGCGGUAAAAUGGUGCAGGAAUUAUGUGGCUGACGUUUUUCAAAUUGGUCAAAUGGAGGCAUUUUGGUUUUUUAUUUGUGUUGGGCACCGUCAUCAAACAUGUAAAUUCGCAAAUUUCAGUCGACGCCGACGGUCUGUAUCAGCACCAAGUGCGGAAUAAACUCCAGCAGACACUCACCGUUGGAUCGUGUAAAUUCGUAAUAAAUCCGCAAUGCCCCGACCCAGAUGUAACGUUUUUCAUGUAUUCCACUUCGCAUCCAGAAAGUCCAGAACAGAUUUUUGCGUCCACUCAUGUGCGUGGUACCAAUCUGCAUAAAACUGCGUUCAAUUCCUCCAAACCCAGCAAAGUGAUCAUUCACGGGUACAAUUCGAACAUGUUUCUCAGCGCUCUGACCGAACUUAGAAUAGCAUACUUAAAAACCAGCGAUUACAACAUAUUUGCUGUGGAUUGGAGUCCUCUAAACCAGUCGCCCUGCUAUCCAGCAGCCGUUUGGAAUGCUCGCCAUGUUGGAACAUGUACUGCUCAAUUAGUCGAUAGAAUUAGGGAUAUGGGAGCUGUGGAUAUUCAUGUAAUUGGAUUUAGUUUAGGAGCACAUAUAACAAACUUCAUCUCGUUGGCACUUUUGCCCUACAGAUUGCCGAGGAUCACUGGACUGGACCCGGCGCUUCCAGGGUAUUUAUUUGCCAGUAAUGACGAAAAACUGGAUAAAUCUGAUGCAGAAUUUGUGGAUGUGUAUCAUACCAGCGCCUUCAUGCAGGGUAAAGCGCAAGAGAGCGGACACAUUGACUUCUACUUCAAUGGAGGCUCUGUACAGCCAGGAUGUUGGCAAGAAGAGAGUUUCUUGUCGUGCAAUCACCAUCGAGCUCCCAUAUACUAUGCGGAAUCCAUCAAUUCUCUGGCCGGCUUUUGGGGAUACCGAUGCACCAGCUACUUCGACUAUUUGAGGCACAAUUGCCCUCCAAACGAGAUCGAAGUUCUUCUAGGCGAAAGAGUGAACAGAUUCAUUCAAGGAACAUACAUGGUCAUAACAGCAGCAGCAUCCCCUUUUGCGAUAGGGCCAUAUUUUACUGCUAAACUCCUCCAAAAAGUCCAUAACUACCCGAGUGAAGAUGCAGCCGCGCCGAAUGGAGGCCCCAACCUGUUCGAGCUGGCCUUUCCCAUUCCGACUGUGCCGAUUCUCAAUAGAUUUAAUCAACAAAUAGUCAAUCCAUCCACAAUGGAAGAGGACGAACUGUUCAAACAGGUUUUGAUGGAAAAGUUCCCCAAUAACAGUCUAGCUCAAGCGCAGAUUAUUGGAAACGAUUUCGGGAUUUUACGAGUCGGUAACAAUUGACUGCCUAGCCAUUCCUACGCGAAUUAAUUCUAUUUUCCUAACAUUUUUUUGAUAAAUACAUGCAUACGAUGUGAGAA